AUGAAGAAAGGUGGUCCUGUAAGCGCGGUGUCCGACGUACAACAUUUCUGGGUGGAUGCAUGCUGCGUGGACGAAGAGGAUCAUACAGAGCUUGCUGAAGCAAUUGCCUCAAUAUUCGCUGAUAUCAUCAUGCUGGAAAGUGUUAUGGUGUACCCAGCAUCUGGCAGACGUGUCGAUGACAGAUCCUCGAAUGUCCUUAGACCUCUCGCAGUCCGAAUCCGAGUCUCACGGGUCCAAGAUGACCUCGAUCGGUUUUCCUAUCCAGGAGGUCGUCCAAAAGAGUUGGAGCAAUGGGAUGACGAGCGCUUCUUCCCAACCCCUCCAAUACAACCGACGGCCAACGAUCCUUUGAGUAACACCAUACACCAGAACAAUGCUCUAGCCUUCCAAGCAAACCAGCAGGCAUUCUCGGACAAUGCCCAGCUAUCAACCUCUCCGGAAAGUUCUGUUGCGGUACAUCAUGACGCCGCCCUACUCAUGAGCGGUCUGCAUAUCAAAACCGAUGUCAAUGCCCUCCAUCGGGUGAAUUCUGUUCAAUCGAUAGAGUCCGAGUCGCGAAUACGAUCCAGUACUUCUGCUUCAAGUCUUCCCUUCCGAGUGCCCAGUAUCCGAGCACAUUUACAUUCCUCUGCCGGCUCUGUUUCACCUGGCACGACUAUAUCUUCGCCGCAGAUCGCGGCUAUGGUCGACAUCACACCGCUUCCAUCUCCAACUACAGGCACAUUCGAAAUGCUGAGGCCAAUCUCAAGGACAAGGUCUCGAGGCUCUUCCAUGUCGUCUCUGAGAUCCUUCAAGCUGGAUAUGAAUCCUCCAGCCUAUCCCGUUGCUAGCUACAACCUGGGCAAUCUAUCACCAACCUCACCUCGUCGCAGGGGCUACCCGGCCUCAUUUCGCCUCCGAGAUCGAAUGACUCGGAUGGUCGGAGACCUUUAG